GUCCUCACUUUACUCAUCCUUAUAACGUCGUGCUACAUUUUAAACUUCAAAUUUGUUUUAUAAUUCAUUAAAAGUCAUGAUCACAUGUUUAACCCAUAAAAAUAUACGGUUGAGGAAACACCAAGAAUAGUUCCUUAAAUACCAGUGAGAUCAAUUCAGGCCACAAACCAACAACAUGGCUAAUAACUAGUUAAAUAGCUUACUUAUUGAAUGUGAAACGUAAUAUAUAGUGUUUCUGGAUUUAUAUACAAACUGUAAAUAACAGGUUUCAUAUAGCUUUUGAUAAGCAGGUGUGUAAAUUGUGUGCUGGAACUACCAAAGAGCAAGAAAACAAGAUGGCACGAUUACAACAAUUUGGAUUACUCUUACACAAGAACUGGAUACUACAAAAACGUAAAGUGUGUGUUACUGUUUUUGAAAUUUUAAUGCCAGUAGCUUUUGGUCUGUUACUGUUAGUUAUUCGAAAUCUUAUAACGACAAACGAUUUCCCAAACGGGAAAAUAUGGGAUGCAUUCAAGCCUUCGGAUGCAUUAUCAAACUUGUCGAAGACAGAAAUUCUAUACGCUCCAAACAAUGCAGUACUUAAUACCUUAAUGGCUGGCGUCAAGGCUGACAUGGACGCAGAAUUUCCAGGAUUUUUAACUGCAGUUACUCCAUAUGCGUCUAACAGUGAUAUAGAAACCUAUCAUACCAAUAACCCAAGUAAAGUAUUAGCUGCUGUAGUGUUUGAUGAAUCAGCAACAUACACUACUUCUGUACCAAACGAUGUCAAGUAUUCUCUUAGGGUGUCGCUCCUUGAUGGGGAUACGCGAUGGAGAACAGACCGCACAUUCCCGUUCGUAUUGACAACAGCUCCAAGAAACAAUGACAAGACUGGCGGAGAACCGGAGUAUGGAAAAACAGGAUUUCUAUACAUCCAGUAUUUGGUUAACAAAAAUAUCAUGGAGAAUGGCGGUUUAACAUUGCCUAAUGAUCCUCUGCUUGGAACAACAAAUAAUAUUUUCCUCCGAAAAAUGGCUUUCAAGCCGUAUAUAGAAGAUAACAUGCUGACAACUGUGCAGACGACAUUGCCAUUGUUUUUUGUUCUUGGAUUUAUACUCUAUGUUAUUAUGUUGGCGAAGAAUCUGGUUUACGAAAAAGAAAUGAAACUAAAGGAAUCUAUGAAACUGAUGGGAAUGCACGUGUCGAUGUACUGGUUGUCAUGGUUUAUAUUUUCAUUAAUAUACAUGGUCCUUGCCUGCAUCUUCUUCACGAUCUUUUUCUCCAUUAAACUGAAAGGUGUUGCAGUGUUUACAAAUUCCCAGCCAUCUAUAGUAUUUGUGUUUUUGUUGAGUUACGGGUUAUCGCUGAUAGGAUUUUCUUUCAUGGUCAGCACAUUUUUCCAGAGAGCAAGCGUCGCAGCACCAGCCGCCGGAAUUAUAUUCUUCUUGGUAUAUUUCCCGUACUUUUUCCUGAACCAGGACGAAACGUUUGCCAGUAUGACCAGUAUGCAAAAGGGACUAGCAUGUGGCCUUAACAAUGUUGGAAUGGCAAUAGGAGUCAAAUUAAUUGCCCAGUAUGAAGGAACAGGUGAGGGCUUACAGUGGACUAACUUUGUUAAUCCUCCUACUGUGGAUCAGGACUUUUCCAUGCUGGCAGUUAUACUUAUUUUACUUCUUGACACAGUAGUAUAUAUGCUGAUUGCUUGGUACGUUGAUGCCAUUUGUCCAGGAGAUUUUGGAGUUCCACAGCCACUUUAUUUCCCAUUCACGAAAACUUACUGGUGUGGUCAGGAACAUGCAGAAGAUUUCGACGAUCUUCGAACAUCACAUACAGCUAAUCCAGAUUUAUUUGAAAGAGAACCAAGUGGUCUAAAAGUUGGAAUCAGCAUUGAAAAUCUCCGGAAGGUCUAUGGAAAGGGGAAGAAAAAAAAGGUUGCUGUUGAAAAUACCACUCUCAAUGUGUUUGAAGGUCAGAUAACAGUACUUCUAGGUCAUAAUGGUGCAGGAAAAACAACAACUAUGUCUAUGUUAACUGGCUUUAUACCACCAACAAGAGGAACAGCAAAAAUAAAUUCCUAUGAUAUAAGAAAGGACAUGACGAAUGUAAGACGUAGCCUGGGGCUAUGUCCACAGCACAACAUACUCUUUGAUACGCUCACAGUCAAAGAGCAUUUGAUUUUUUACGCAAAGAUGAAGGGCUGUCCAAGUAACCAAAUUUCAAAGGAAGUGGACGAAAUGGUAAAAAUAAUUGGUCUGGAACAGAAGUUAAACAGAUAUUCAAUGACAUUAUCUGGUGGGCAGAAACGAAAGUUAUCAGUUGGAAUCGCAUUGAUAGCAGGCUCAAAGUUUGUAAUGCUUGAUGAACCUACAUCUGGUAUGGACCCAGCCGCUAGACGACAAACUUGGGAUGUCCUACAGAAGUUUAGAAAAGAUAGAACAUUAGUUCUCACAACACAUUUUAUGGACGAAGCGGAUCUUCUUGGAGAUAGGAUCGCUAUAAUGGCUGAUGGUGUAGUGAAGUGUUGUGGAACUUCACAUUUUCUCAAGAAGAAAUAUGGUGCAGGAUAUCACCUUGUAAUGGUAAAGAAUCAGUCUUGUAACGUUGGUACAGUCACACAACUUAUUCAGUCUCACAUACGUACUGCAACGCUAGAAAGUAAUAUUAGUGCAGAACUAUCAUACUUGCUUCCAUUUGAUGAGUCGAGCAAAUUUGAGGACCUGUUUAAGGAUGUUGAGGCAAAGAAAAGUCAGCUUGGGUUAACAAGUUUUGGAACUACUGCUACUACUAUGGAAGAAGUCUUUCUUAAGGUUGGUGCAUCUGCUACUGAUGACGACGAAAAGGAUCAAAACGGUGAAGCAAAUGUUCUUUAUCAAAAUCAAGCUUUUGCGCAUGACGAGAAAAGACCAAUGAGUGAUAUUAGUGCAAUUGUUGAUACAAAGAAUGCUCCACCACUCGAAAGUAAAAUGAAUGGCGAUUCAACAGAGAAAAGAUCAAGUUUUAAUGAAACGCCACCAUUACCCAAUAUAAAUGGACAGUCUAAAUCCAACAAUGUAACGCAAAAUGGAACGUAUAACGCAUUUAACGAGAACAUCAAGAAAAAUGGUGGAUUUUCCUUGACAAUGCAGCAGUUUUAUGGAAUGUUUGUAAAGAAAAUGAUUCAGACAUGGAGAAACCGUGUGGUAACCUUAGUGCAACUGGUGAUGCCGGUUCUUUUUACUAUCUUUGGAUUGCUCGUCGUGGAAUCCUCACCGGGUAAUACCGCAGAUCCUGCCUUAGCUUUGGAGUUAUCUUCUUUUGGUUCCGGUUUAACAGCUAUUUGGGAUGAUGGCACUGCAACCACAGGUGUUGAAUUCGACAUUGCCAGUAGAUAUGCAACUUCUAUAACUAGCAGCGGUAAUACCGCUUUAGAUGCCAACGCUCCAUCCAAUAUCAGUACAUACCUUAUGGAUAAAGCUGGUACCGUGGGAUUAUCAACAUUCAACACAAAAUAUAUGAUAGGCGCUUACCUUGCAACAAGUAACAGUUGGGUAGCCUAUUUUAAUGGCGAGCCGUUCCAUGCACCUGCAAUUUCUUUAGCAUAUAUGAUGGAUGCAAUUUUCAAAUACGCUAUGAGCAGUAAUACAUAUUCUAUCAAAACAACAAACUCGCCUUUUAAACUUACAGUAGAUGAGAAUGAACGAGCUAACUUCUUUACAUAUAUUGGAACAGCCUUUUCACUUGCCUUUCAGAUUAUGUUCGGAAUGGCGUUUUUGACAGCCACUUUUAUCAUUUUCCUAAUCAAAGAACGAUCAUCUGGAGCAAAGCAUAUCCAGAAAGUUAGCGGAGUUGGUUCUUUUGCUUUCUGGGCAUCAAAUUUUCUAUGGGAUUUGAUCAAUUAUCUUAUUCCAGUUCUGCUGAUAUUGAUUGUUUUUGCAGCAUUUCAAACAGAGGCUUUUGUGGAUGACGGUCGCCUAGGGAUUGUUUUCCUUAUAUUUUUAUUAUAUGCCUGGAGUUUCCUUCCAUUCACGUAUACUUUCAGCUUUUUUUUCUCAUCAGCUCCAUCUGGAAUGGUUGCUAUGACUAUGCUGAAUAUCAUUAUUGGUCUUGCUACACUGAUUGCAGUAUUUGUCCUCAAAAUACCCGGAUUUAAUACAUACAAUAUUGGUAGCUCCUUAGACCUUGCAUUCGCCAUGUUGUUUCCUAACUACUGCAUGGGAACUUCAUUAAUGAGCAUGUAUGUCAACUGGGGAUAUACCAAAGCAUGUACUGAAAGUGGAUAUCCAGCAUCCUGCCAGUCAAGCUGUGAUCCGAAUGGCGGUGAUAUAUGCUUCCCAAACUCUUCUAACUAUCUCGACAUUACAUAUCCAGGAGUUGGUCUUUACAUAUUGUUCCUAGUUGCACAAGGAGUUGUUUACUUUGCUAUUCUGUUUAUGAUUGAAAAUGAUGUAUUCAGUAAAUGCAAAUACAAAGUCAACAAUGGAAGUAGUACAUCGGUCUCAGAUUUACCAUCGGAUGAAGCCUCUAUUGAAGGAAAACAAGAAGAUAAUGAUGUCGCCGAGGAAAAACAUAGAAUAAAUUCUAAUUCUGUCACUCAUUUAAUGGAAACAGAUUCUGUUAUUGUCAAGAACCUUACGAAAUAUUAUGGUAGGUUUCAUGCAGUCGAUGGUAUCAGUUUUGGAAUUGCACCUAACGAAUGUUUUGGACUGUUGGGACAAAAUGGUGCCGGAAAAACCUCCACAUUCAAAAUGUUGACCGGAGAUGUUCCGCUUACAAAGGGUAAUGCCUUCAUGAAUAAAUAUGAUAUAAAACAACAUAUGAGACAAGUUCAACAAAAUCUUGGUUACUGUCCUCAGUUUGAUGCUCUCAUUGAUCAGAUGACAGGAAGGGAAACUUUGUAUAUGUAUGCUCGGCUGCGUGGAGUUCAAGAGAACCAAAUUAAAGGUGUGGUUAAUGAUAUAAUGGAUGUGAUGAUGUUGAAGAAAUACGCCGAUCGGGAGUGUGGUACUUACAGUGGUGGUAACAAGAGGAAAUUAAGCACAGCUAUGGCCUUAAUUGGUGAUCCUCCUUUUAUUCUUCUUGAUGAACCAACGUCUGGAAUGGAUCCUGGUGCCAGACGACAACUAUGGAAUGUUCUUUCACAAGUUAGAGCAAGUGGGAGAACGUUAAUUCUUACGUCACACAGUAUGGAAGAAUGUGAUGCCUUAUGUACUAAAGUAGUCAUCAUGGUAAAUGGAAAAUUUGUCUGUUACGGAAGUCCACAACAUUUAAAAAAUAAGUUUGGUCAUGGAUACACUCUUAUAUGUCAAAUGAAAAUGGAAGAAAAUGGAUUCCAUGCUUCUACACAACCAUUGAAACAGUUCGUUAAAACAACGUUUCCAAACAGUGAAAUAUUUGAUCAUCACCAUGGCUACUGUCAUUUCCAAAUUCCCGAUGCAGACAUUCCAUUGGCUGCGGUAUUUAGUGCUAUGGAACGUGCGAAGAAAGACUAUAAUAUUGAAGACUACGCUGUUCACCAGACGACACUUGAACAGGUGUUUUUGACAUUUACACAGAAUCAGAUUCCACCAAAGGAAGAGAAAAAGAAAGGUUGUUGUUCAAGUGGUAACAGUAGUUCUGCAUGUUGUUGUUGUUUAUAGAAAUUGUUUUUCAGUAUGUUUAAAAAAUCAACAGCUUUCUUACAUAUUUAGAUCCCAGAUCGUAUUUAUUUUUUGGACGCCUAUAUUUAAAGAUAUUGCAAAUUUUGCAUAGUGUACAUGUUUAAGUUUUAAUACUUUGUUUUCAACGUUUGAAUUAUGCUAUCAAAACUAGAUUUAACCAAUUCAUAUAUCCAUAUCAACAGUUCAUUUAAAUUAUUAGGAAGUUUGGUACAAUACACCCCCUUGUUUUAAGUAAGGGGUGUGAUUUCUCAUUGAUACCAGUUUAAAAUGCAAAAGAAAUGAAUUUUACUUGGUUUGAUGACUCAUAAAAGUAAACAUUUUACUGUUCUAAUUUCGGAUUUAUCAUAACUAAAUAUACCUUUUGUGUAGAUAUCCUGAUAAAUUGACAUAAAAGUAACUCAGUUCCAAAGUAAAUGUGUAGAGUAUAUAUGUUAUUAGUGCUAUUCCAUGAGUCUAUAUUGUGUUUCCAAUGUGAUGCCAAACCCCCUCAAUUAUUCUUCUUAAACAACUUGAGAUGGUGUGCAUUAAUUUUAACUUUAUGGAUUUCAAUUGUAUUUUUUAUAAAAAUAUAUAACCAAUGAAAAAAGUUAAUAGUUUGUAAGGAAUCAGAUACGCUCAAAAGGAUAUUUUCACUUUUCGAUAGUGUGCGAUGAUUUUCAUGGAUUCGCCUCAAGUAGACUGUGAUAAUGUAUAUUUUUCAAUUUAUUCGAAAUGAAAUGUCAUUUUUUUAUUUUUAUUAUCUUGUAAAUGUUACCUGUUAUAAUUUGCUGUAAAUUUUAUUCACACGAAAAGGAUGGCAUAAGAUGCCAUUAAAGAAAAAUAGACACUAUCAUGACUCAACAAUAUAACAACGAAAGGACAAAUAGUAGCCAACAAAUACUUCACUGAAAAAAAAAGAUUGAGCAGAAGAAACCUCACCUAAAUGAGGUGGUGGAUAAGUCCAGUUGCUCCUAAAAGGAAAGCAGUUCUUGCAUCAUGUAUUGCUCAAGUACAAAUCGGUCAUAGGUCACAUUUGAUGAUGUCAUAAUCAAUUAAAUGAUAACUUAAUUCCAAAAAUACAAAACAAAACACACUUGUACUAGCAGAUUAUUGUUAGAAAGACUUAAAAUUUCUGAUUAUCAAAAUUUAAUAUAAAGUUAAGAAACGUGCAUGAUUUUUCAAGAUUGGGAAACACAUUUGACGAAGACGUUGUUCCGAUUUAACAUCAAGAUUUUCCAGUUACAACUUGAGAAAAUAAUUUGUUCAAAGGCAAAUGUUCAUGGUUAGUUUCAAAGGAAUAGAUGUACAUGUGCAUUUGUUUGAAUUUGACUGCAUGUCACACAAAUAAACCACACUCAAAUGUUUAACAGCACUUGUGUUAUUCAUCAAAGGUACUAGGAUUGUAAGACGUGUACAUAUAUAUAUAAUAGAAAAAUACAAGUCAAAUGUAUCUAUCUUAUUUACAAUUAUUGCCACUUGUAUUUAUUUUUCUAAUUCAUGAAUCUCAUAUCAGGACGCAUAAUAUCAUGAUUUUGCAAUUUAAGUUUUAUCUAUUUUGGGAUUAUUUACAUAUUUUCUUUUAUGUGUUUUUUUUUUUACUUUUUGUACAAUUUCUAUUCAACACACCAGGUUGGUGCAAUGUAGUUUUUAUCAAAUAAAACUUUAAAUUAUAAAUCAACAACUUUGAUACAAAUGAAGUACAGUACACAACGACUGAGAUUUCAUGGUUUCAUGGUUUAAAAAUGAUGGCAAAAGAGUUAAUUUGUUUACAUAGCAAUUAGUUUUUUUGUAACAAUCGAUAUGAUUUAUAAGAAAAAGUAACAAUUCAUAUUUUGAAAAGAAACAAAGAUUAAAAAAAUGUAACUUUCUUUUUAGGAAGUCCAUAUGAGACAAGUCAUAUUAAGAUAAAACGUUUCUUAUAACUAAUAAAAAAUGAAAAUAUUUCUAUAAAUAUCGGGAAACAGAAACAUUUAAAGGAUAAGAGAUAAUUUUGCAUAUCAUGGAAAAAAAUUUGUUUUUUCCUUUUAUAACCUGUUUUUUUCUUUUCAAUAUUAAUCAAGCAUUUUAGCGUAAACAAACCCUGUCAGCCUAUUUCAUGAUUUUUUUAUUUGAUACUAUAUUAUGUUUACCCUUUACUUUACCUCAAUUAUCACAAUUCAUCAGUAACCUUAUGCUACCUGACAAUCAAUUAAGUAUACAUGAAAUAAUGUAUGAUAAGCAUCCAGUAAGUAGCUCUUACUCUUUUUUUUUAUUAUUAUUAAUUUGUUUAUUAGAUAAACGAUCAACAAAAAAAGUAAUUUACAAACUUGAUUGUUUGUAGAUUUUUUGGAAUGUGAUUAAAUAAAUAAGAUGUUUAUCAAUUUUUGCACAAAAGUUUUGCCUUUUUUUGUUAGUUCCAUUAUAUCUAUUUUAAGACAUUUGGUUUUUAUUGUAAUAUGUCAGUUCCUACAUUUUAUGAUUUGAUAUUUUUAAGAUUUCUAUAACAAUCUGUACUAACACCAGUAAAUGAACACUCAGUAACAAUCUUCUAAUUUAUGUAACAAUUUGCUAAUUCCUGUUCUCUUAGAUCUGUAUUGUUAUGUUUUGUGUAUUGUAUUGACAUGAUUGUUUUAAUAAAAGUUGUGAUACCAGUA